AUGGCCUUGAAACGCAUCAGCAAGGAACUCGCAGAUCUCAACCGAGACCCCCCGGCGAAUUGCUCAGCUGGGCCCGUUGGUGAUGAUCUAUUUCACUGGCAAGCAACCAUUAUGGGACCUGAAGACAGCCCUUACCAAGGAGGGAUUUUCUUCUUAAAUAUUCAUUUCCCGAGUGACUACCCCUUCAAACCUCCCAAAGUCAAUUUCACAACGAAGAUCUAUCACUGCAAUAUUAACACUGGAGGAGCAAUUUGUUUGGAUAUCCUCAAGGAUCAGUGGAGCCCCGCACUGACUAUCAGCAAAGUUCUGCUCUCAAUUUCCUCGCUCUUGACUGAUCCAAAUCCCGAUGACCCUCUCGUUCCAGAAAUUGCAAAUAUUUACAAAACAGAUUUAGAGAGAUACAAUCAGACGGCCAAAGAAUGGACCAGCAAAUACGCGUCGUAG